AUGGCAUUCAAGAAUAUGGCUCGGGCAAAGAAGACGAAGGCUACAAAGGCAGCUCGGAAGGCCGUCAGACGCCUAAACAAAUAUGACCAGAGCUACCACAAGCACCACCGCGCGAAGAAAACACAGAGUCUUGAAGAAAUUGAAACUCUGGAAGCAGCCACCCGGAAAGCGCGUGUCGAGGAAACGCAGAAGCGAAAUUCGAGCUCGCAGAAUUGGUCAGGAACUCGUAAAAGAGUGAAACGGGGUGCGGACUGGGCUCAAGUGCGGUCAAACCAGGUAGCUGAUGCCCAUGAGUUUUUUUUGCCGACAUCGACGAACCGAUGCUAA